AUGUAUCAUUCUUCACUUAUACCAUUUUCUUUCUUUCUUUCUUUCUUUUUUUCUUUCUUUCUUUCUUUCUUUCUUUCUUUCUUUCUUUCUUUCACCUUCAACGCAAUGUACCAAAGAAAGAGAGAAAAUGUCGGAGAAUGGAAAUGUUCACUCUCGCUCACUCACCCUCUUUUUAUCUCUUUGUUUCUCUCUUUUUCACUCUCUCUUUCAUUCACUUGCUUUCUGCUUCUUUCUAUCUAUUUCUCUCUCAAACUGAUUUCUAUCUAUUUCGUUCUCUCUGAUUCGCUUUCUAUUUUCUCUCCCACUCGCUCUCUUUCUUUCUCCUUCUCUCUCUAUCUCACUUUCUAUCUAUUUUCUCUCCCACUUGCUCUCUUUCUUUCUCCUUCUCUCUCUCUAUCUCACUCACUUUCUAUCUAUUUUUUCUUUCACCCACUCUCUUUCUUUCUCCUCCUCUCUCUCUAUCUCACUCACUUUCUAUCUAUUUUCUCUUCCACUCGCUCUCUUUCUUUCUCCUUCUCUCUCUCUCUAUCUCACUUUCUAUCUAUUUUCUCUUUCACCCACUCUCUUUCUUUCUCCUCCUCUCUCUCUAUCUCACUCAUUUUCUAUCUAUUUUCUCUUUCACUUGCUCUCUUUCUUUCCCCUUCUCUCUCUAUCUCACUCACUUUCUAUCUAUUUUCUCUCCCACUCGCUCUCUUUCUUUCUCCUCCUCUCUCUCUCUAUCUCACUCACUUUCUAUCUAUUUUCUCUUUCACCCACUCUCUUUCUUUCUCCUCCUCUCUCUCUAUCUCACUCAUUUUCUAUAUAUUUUCUCUUUCACUUGCUCUCUUUCUUUCUCCUUCUCUCUCUAUCUCACUCACUUUCUAUCUAUUUUCUCUUCCACUCGCUCUCUUUCUUUCUCCUUCUCCCUCUCUCUAUCUCACUUUCUAUCUAUUUUCUCUUUCACCCACUCUCUUUCUUUCUCCUCCUCUCUCUCUAUCUCACUCAUUUUCUAUCUAUUUUCUCUUUCACUUGCUCUCUUUCUUUCCCCUUCUCUCUCUAUCUCACUCACUUUCUAUCUAUUUUCUCUCUCUUUCUUUUCCUUCUCUCUCUCACUUAACUUUCUAUCUAUUUUUCUCUCUCUCCCUCUCUUUCUUUCUCCUCCUCUCUCUCUCUCUCUCUUCCUUUCUUUCUUUCUUUCUUUCUUCCCUCCUCUCUUUCUUUCUCCUUCUCUCUCUCUAUUUCUCACUUUCUUUCUUUUUUCUCUUUCACUCUCUCUCUUUCUUUUCCUCUCUCUCUCUUUCUCCUUUUCUUUCUAUUUUCUCUUUCUCUUUUAUUUUCUUUCAAAUUCUCUCUUUUUCCUUUCUAUCUAUUUCCUCUUUCUCUCUUUCUUUCUCCUCCUCUCUCUCUCCCUCUCUCAUUUCUUUCUCUUUCUUUCACUUUCUCUUCUUUUUCUCCUCUUUCUUUAUCUCACUCUUUUUUUCUUUAUUUUUUCUUUCCUCUCUUUCUUUUUUCUUCCUCUUUUUCUCUCUUAUUCUUUCUAUCUCUUUCUUUUCCCUCUCCCUUUCUUUCUCCUUCUCUUUCUUUCUCACUUUCUAUCUAUUUUCUCUUUCACCCUCUUUUUCUUUCUCCUCCUCUCUCUAUCUCAUUUUCUUUAUAUUUUCUCUUUCACUUCCUGUUUUCUUUCUCCUUUUCUCUCUCUAUCUCACUUUCUUUCUAUUUUUUCUUUUCACUUUCUUUUCUUUCUUUCCUCUCUCUCUCUCUCUUCAUUUUCUCCUUUAUUUUUUCUUUCUCUUUCUUUCUUCUUUUCCUUUUCCUCUCUCUCUAUCUCCUUUUCUCUAUUUUUCUCCCUGCUCUCUUUCUUUCUCUUCUUCUCUCUCUCUCUCUAUAUAUUUUCUCUUUCUUGCUUUCUUUCUUUCUUUCUCUUUUCUCUUUCUAUUUUUCUCUUUCUCCUCUCUCUUUCUUUCUCUCUCUCUCUAUCUCUCACUUUCUAUCUAUUUUCUCUUGGUUUCUUUCUUUUCCUCUUCUCAUCUCUCAUUUUUCUUUUUUUCUUUCCUUCUCUCUUUCUUUCUUUCUUUCUCUCUCUCUUUUCUUUCUUUCUAUCUAUUUUUCUUCCUCUCUUUUUCUUUUCUUCUUCUCUCUAUCUCUUUCUAUCCUUUCUCUUUCUCUCUUUCUUUCUCCUCUCUCUCUCUAUCUUUCAUUUUCUAUUUUUCUUUCUCUUCUUUUUUUUCUCUUUUUUCUCUUUCUAUUAUUUUCUCUUCUUUCUUUCUUUCUCUUUCUCUAUCUCACUUUUCUCUAUUUUUCUUUCCUUCUUUCUUUCUUUCUUUUCUCUCUCUUCUUUCUCAUUUUUCUUUCUAUUUUUCUCUUUCCUUUCUUUCUUUCUUUCUCUCUUUCACUUUUUUCUUUAUUUUCUUUCUCUCUUUCUUUUCCUUUUUCUUUCUAUCUCACUUCUUUUUCUCUAUUUUUCUUUUUCUUUCUUUCUUUCUCCUCUCUCUUUCUCCCUUUCCUUUCUAUCUAUUUUCUACUUCUCUCUCUUUCUUUCCUUCCUUCUCUCUUUCUUUCUCCUCUCACUUUCAUUCUAUUUUCUUUUAUUUUCUCUCUUUCUUUAUUUCUCUCUCUCUCUCUCUUUCUCUAUUUUCUCUCCUUUCUAUCUUUUUUUUCUCUCUUUCACUUGCUUUUCUUUCUAUUUUUUCUUUUCUUCUUCUCUCUCUAUCUUUCUCUCUCUUUUCUAUUUUUUCUAUCUUUUCUCUCUUUCUUCCCUCAAGCUAUAUAUUUUCUUUUCUUUCUCAAUUUCUCCUUCUCUCUUUCUAUCCAAAAAUCUUUCUCUCUAUCUGA